AUAUUUGUAAUAAUUUAUGGCUCCUUUGUUCCAGAUUUACAUUACCAACCCAGACCACCAGCUCCAGAAGAAGCGUGUGAAAAAACUUUUUGCCGUUGGGGAGCGGAAUGUGUGUCACUGGGGGACGGUCGAGCCCACUGCGCCUGUCCCACCAGCUGUCCUUCAACUCCCGCUCCGGUCUGCUCCACUGCCGGCCGAACUUACCGCAACCACUGCUAUCUGAGAAAAGAGGCCUGCGAAAGAAGACUUAAUCUGAGGGUCAGGAACGAAGGAGAAUGUGAAGCCGGGGACCCUUGCACCGGAGUGGGCUGUCCGCCCGGCGCGAGGUGCGUCGUGACAGCUGGCCAGCCCGAGUGCCGAUGUCCGAGGAGCUGUCAAAGACGGAAGCCGGUGUGCGGCACCGACGGGCGAGAGUACCCGUCUAAUUGCCACCUCGACAAGCAUGCGUGCGAAAACCAACACAACAUCACUGUCAAGUACCACGGAAAAUGCGAUCCGUGCUCAGAACAUGAAUGCGCCGAUGGAGGUAUAUGCCAGUUGAAUGAGGCUCGAGCGCCUGUUUGCCGAUGCGGCCCGCCAUGCGACUUGGUCGCACGUCCCGGAUCGGCAGUAUGCGGUUCGGACUACAAAGAUUACCCGAGCGAAUGUGCCCUGAGACGAGAAUCAUGCCGGACUAGACAACAGCUCACUAUAGCAUAUAGAGGAGAAUGCGCAUCAGCUCAACACCCAUGCGAGUCUGUAAAGUGCGGGGUCAGAGAACGAUGCUCGUUGGACGUGCGCGGUGUCGCAGUGUGCGGUUGCGGUCCUGAGUGCGAGCCUGUAGUGAGGCCGGUGUGCGGUACCGAUGGGAAGACCUAUGAGAGCGCGUGCUUUCUCGACAGAGCCGCGUGCUUGGACAACAGGGACAUACGUGUGGCUUACAUCGGACCAUGUGGUGCUGAGAACCCAUGUGCCCGUGCCACUUGCCCUUGGGGUGGCGCGUGCGUCUCACGAGGUGGUGCGGCGCAGUGCGCUUGCCCAGUCUGCGACGCAACGCUCGUGCCCAUCUGUGCAUCCGACCACAACACAUACGGAAGCGAAUGUAAAAUGCGCAUGCAUGCAUGCCAGGAAGGAAUAAAGGACGGCGAGCUGCGAGUACUUUAUAAUGGGACAUGCCAAUCCUGCGUCGACAUAAUAUGUCAAGGCGGGGGAGAUUGUGCAGUCGAUAUAGCAACAGGACGGCCUAUAUGCCGAUGUAAUCACAACUGCACAGCGGCACUGGAAUCGGACUUGGUGUGCGGGAACGACGGCCAAACGUACCCUUCUCAGUGUGAGCUCGACUCGACUGCGUGUCGGGAGCAGAGCAACUUGCGGUCAGCGUACAAGGGCGACUGCGCGUUAUGUGAGGGUGUGCAAUGUUCGUUCGGGGCUCACUGCUCGGCUGGCGAUUGCAUAUGCCCGACUGACUGCACUGGAGCGGCACGGGAGCCCGUCUGCGGUAGCACCAUGCAGACCUACCCUAACGAGUGUGAGCUUCAGAAGGCGGCAUGUAGGCUCCCACCGCCCGCCACGCUCCAUGUCAUCUUCUACGGGGACUGCAAGGAUAGACUGGCAGUUGUACCUCCAAUUGCGAUGACAACCACCGCGAUGACCACUACUGAGGCGGAGGAAGGAUCGACAGACUCGUUGGGUGCGACGGAUGUGGGUGGUACAGCCAGCCCCUCCGCCUGCCGGGACAUUCGCUGCGAUUUCGGCGCGAGUUGCGAAGUCGGAGCGGACGGGUACCCUAGAUGUUCGUGCCUCUUCGAGUGCCCUCACGAAGUGGACUACUUUCCUGUCUGCGCGUCGGAUUUCAGAUUGUAUUCCAGCCUGUGCACUAUGCGCAAGGAAGGCUGCCAAAAGCAACUCGAGCUGCGGUUGCGCCCUUUGGACCUGUGCAAAGGUAUGGAAGUGCGACCUUGUGGGAAUAACAAAGCAAUGCUUGAUCCGACUACUGGCCUUGAAAUAGAUUGUGGAAAUGGCCCGCACCGUCAAGAUUGUCCUGGUGGCACGUAUUGCCACAUAACCCUUACAGCUGCUAGAUGUUGCCCUAAAAACGACACGAAGCUGGAAGAAAAGAAAUUUUUCCACUGUUCGGAAAGUGUACAUGGGUGUUGCUCGGAUGGUAGCACGAUAGCGACCGGACCUAACGAAGAAGGUUGCCCAAUCACAAGUUCUACGUGUGGCUGUAAUCGAUUGGGUUCAGUGUCUGACCGCUGCGAUGAAAACGGGCAGUGCUCUUGUCGGCCGGGUGUAGGAGGGUUGAAAUGUGACCGCUGUGAACCUGGAUAUUGGGGCCUGCCAAGAAUUGGUACUGGGCAUACAGGCUGCAUCCCAUGCGGUUGUUCAGCAUUUGGUUCAGUGAGAGAGGACUGCGAACAGAUGACAGGACGAUGCGUCUGUAGAACCGGUGUCCAAGGUCAAAAGUGUACGGUUUGCGCAGACCAUAGAAGAAGGCUCGGACCCAACGGUUGUUCAGAUCCUGAAAGUGGUGGUGUCGUGGGCUCUUGUGCAGAAUUGUCUUGUUAUUUCGGUGCGGUAUGUACUGAGCGCACGGGAGGAGCUUUGUGUGAGUGUGCUGCAGCACCUUGCCCUGAUAGCGAUACCAAUAUGCUGGUAUGUGGCAGCGACGGGAAAACUUACGAGUCAGAAUGCCACCUAAAAUUGCAAGCGUGUCGCACGCAAGAAGACAUUGUGGUGCAAGCGUUCGGUCCUUGCAAACUUAGCGAGAUCGCCGGUACAGCGGGCCCUCCAAGACCGUCCUCACCCAUACAAUUCACACAACAGGACGACGGGGCCGCUUCCAAAUCUACAAGACAUCUUCUUAACCCCGAUAAAUAUUACAAUAAAUAUGAUUGGGCGAGGAAAGAGACGCCAAGUGAUUUCGACAGCGUUUUAUCCGGACAAAAGUUCAAAGGUUCGCAAACAGCAACUACUGCAACAGUGGGCGCGGUGGGAGCUUUACUGGGGGAUUUGUGCACUGAAGAUGCGGACUGUUCCGCUCUGCCUGGCGCUCAUUGUACUAGAGGCGGGUGCGAAUGCCGUCCUGGAUACAUUGCCACAGUGCAUAGGAAAGCUUGCGUUGAGCAAACAACACAAGAGACGACGGAAGAAUACAGCGCGUGUCUUUCUGAUCCUUGCUACAACUUCGGCACCUGCAUAGAUCUGCCGGGCUCAACGUACAGUUGCGUGUGCACUGGCCUUUACACCGGGCUCAAUUGCGAAUCGCUAUCAAAGGACACCCAAAUAGGAUCAUAUAUUGAGACGCCAUCCUUUGACGGCUCCGCAUAUAUACGCCUUAAACCACUAAAGGCUUACCACAAGCUGAACAUCGACAUUGAGUUCAAAGCGUUCUCGGAGAAUGGCGUAUUAUUGUACAAUCAGCAGAAACCCGACGGCACGGGCGACUUUGUUUCCCUCGCUCUUGUUAAUGGAUAUUUAGAGUUUAGAUAUAAUCUUGGCAAUGGAGUUAUAAUUUUAACAUCAUUGGAAAAGGUUACGUUAAACGAAUAUCAUAAGGUAUCAGCCAAGAGAUAUCACCGAGAUGGUAUACUGUCCAUUGAUGAUAUGGAGGAUGUUGCUGGACAGUCCAGCGGACAUUUAAAGGCUUUGGACCUCGCUGAAGAUGCUUACAUUGGCAAAGUGCCUACUAAUUAUUCCAGGGUUUUCGAUAACAUCGGCACACGGAGUGGCUUUAUUGGAUGCGUCAAGUAUUUGAGGAUAAUACGUCAUCAAGUGACAAAGAAAUUGGGGAGACCGGACUCAUUAGUUGUCGCUAUUGAAAAUGUAAGGGAAUGUCAGGCUAGUCCGUGUAUGAGUAUGCCUUGCAAGAAUGGUGCCACAUGCUCGCCAGUGGACGACUCAGCGAGCGAAUAUAUUUGUAUCUGCCCUAUCGGAUUCCAAGGAGCCAAUUGUGACGAGAGAUUAGAUCCGUGCGAGUCGAAUCCCUGCGGAUAUGAUGAGGGGCUAUUGUGUGACAUCGGACCUGAGGGAGGACAUGUCUGUCGCUGUUUGUUUGGAGGAGAAAUUGGCUCCAAUGGCAAUACGUGUAGCAAUGAUGUAAAUGUAGUCCAAGAGACGUGGUCCCCUCAAUUUAACGGGACGAGCUACGUCGAAUUACCUCCACUCGAAGGGCUGGGUAAAGCGUUUCGCAUCGAAAUCUGGUUUUUAACGAACCGAUUCUCCGGGAUGCUCCUUUACACAGGCCAGUCUAAUAAAGCCAAAGGAGAUUUUAUAGCGAUUAACUUAGUAGAAGGAUACCUUCAGUUUAGGUACAACUUGGGGAGCGGCAUCGCCAAUAUUACGUCUUCCGUUCCCAUAACCAAAGGCCGUUGGCAUAGAGCACGAAUCACUAGGAAUGGUCGCCACGGCAGCCUACAGCUCGACCGCCAUCCAACACAGAGGGGGCACUCGGCGCCUCCGUUGACGCAUCUGGAAUUGACAUUACCACUUUUUAUCGGCUCCUUACCGGCCUACAUUCGUCCUCAUAAAAUGUCUGGCGUGACCAGCAGUUUUAUAGGAGCUGUGCAACAGGUCUUCGUGAAUGGAAACUCUUUGUCAUUGUACGGCGCAGACGUUGCAAGAUGUGCUAUAGUUCAAGACGAAGACAAGCUCCCUUGUGCAACGAGUGGGGUUACUAAGUACAUUGGACCGCCUUGUGGAGAUGGUAUAACACCAUGUAAAAAUGAUGGAAGUUGUAUACCAAUGCUCAACGAAUACAAAUGCAUCUGUCGGGAUGGCUUUCGAGGCAGGAAUUGUGAAGUGCAAAUGGCCGAAAUGCUCAACGACAGAUCUCCGAUUAAGUUUGAUGGAAAUAACUACUACUCGUAUAGGAGUAGAGGCAAUCGCAGGAACCGUAGCGCCCGUGGUAUUAGGUACGAAAUAAAAUUUCGAACGUACAACGACUCGGGACUGCUGAUGUGGAGGCGGAAGAUCGGCAUCCGGCCCCGAGACUUCAUAGGUUUAGGAAUAAGCGAAGGCAAGCUUCAACUCAUCUACACCGACACGAAUAUAAAGGAAUUGAACAACACAAGGGAAGACUGGUUCCAAUGUGUUGAGUCAAAGGCCAGGGUAGAUGAUGGCAUGUGGCACACUGCCACAGUGAGGAGGAGGAAGCGAUUGGCGAUGUUGCAAGUUGAUGACACCCCACCAGUAAGAGGGUACUCUCAAUCACUUUUGGUGCCCUCGAAGUCAAACCCUAAACUUUGGAUCGGAGGUUCACCGACGCUGCCGUUGGGGUUACCAGCGGCACUUUACACGGGCCUCAGCGGCUGUGUUGCCAGUGUGAAGGCUAGUGGUCGCCACAUCGAUCUCAGUUCGCCCAUAAGACCCGCUACCACGAUACGACAAUGUGACUGACGAUGAAUUAUUCGCUCGCUACAUAACGCCGUUGGAAUAAAAUAGAAACAUUAAAAGUAAUAAUAAAUGAAAUGUGUCAAUUAGUACGCGCGCCAGAUGUUAGUCACAAAUAUUACGUACUAACUUGCGUCCACAAAAAGUGUUUUAGUACUAAAUGCCACGGUUGGAGAAUAACGGCGCAACUGACAUUUUUCACGCAAACGACAGUUGCCUAGAGACUUAUAAAGAAUAAUGUAAGACAAAAGUAUUACUCUCUAGUGUCGAGUUUUAGAGCUUAUAGUACCUGUUCAAGUACCUACUGAUACAUAUCCGUUCGGGUAAAUCACUCACUGUAAUAUCAUUUUCUCGAAACCUCAUAAAAAUAAUACUGUUUUCAAAGAAGUAUUCAUAUCUUUUACCAAAAGAAUAUGUUGCCAUAAUAAAUUAUGUUGUAGUUUAAGUUUAAAUACGUUUUUGACAAAGAAAAAUGACACGUGUAUUGUUCUUUAAUUGAAUAGGGUAUAACCAAUUUUAUCUAUGUAAAUCGGUGCUCGGAUUACACAUCAGAGGUAUAAGAAGAAAGAAAAUCUAAAAUGUACGUAAGUACUACUAUAUAAUCAUAAAGACUCUGAAUAUUUUAUUGUUAUAACUAGCAGAAAUAUAUUAUAUUAUCUAGAACAUAGACUAGCACAUGAUGAAUUCCAUAUUGUAAUUAAAAUGUGAAAAAGUUGAAGUAUAAAAAAGUUAAAAGGUUUUAUGCAGUAAGUACUAUUAGUAUGUUUUCAUGUUACACUAUUAUAUGUUAAAAAACAUUCCAUGCAGUUGUUUCGUGUGUCCAAGUGAUAUGAAUACAAGUGAGAGUUAUAUUAUGUUCCAUUUACACCAUUCCCAUUUACUAUAGUAAUUAAUUUAUAUUAAAUAUACGAAGCAGUGCCAUAGUAAUUAUACAGUGUCAGGUUUUAGUAUUUUUUUUUACAAUUAUAAAAUACAGUAAAUUAAGUUUUAUUUACUUUUUUAUUUUAUUGUCAAAACAUUUUCGGUUUAAAUUCAGGUCUGUUUACUCAUAAGAAAUUGGUUUCUUUAAAAUACGGGACACGCUUAUUAUUUCUAACAUUAUUUUUUCUAUUGUAUCUAUUGUAAAUACAUAACUAGUGACAUAAGUGCUACUAAUGUAAUUUCAUGAAGAGUUCCGACUGUUAUAGUAAUUCGGUUUUGUAUUAAGGUAUGUUUGUUCCAAAUGGAAUUUAUAUCGAAUUUGAAAAAAUAUUUCUAAGCAUGUGUACAAUAUGAGGAAUGCUUAUUGUUAUAUAAUAAAUAUAUAUAUAAAUAGAAAAAUAUAUAUAAUUAGCCUAGAUGAAAUUUAGGUAAAUUUGUUUUGAUUUUUUUACACGCUAACGCGAAGCGCUCUGAAGUAAUAAAUAGAUACUAAGUUGUCUUUUCUACAUUUCGUCUAGUGAACUAUUUGUAAAGUAUUAUGAUUAAUACUAAUUAAAAUAAAACAAUGACAAUAUUAAAGUAUGUAAUAACAACAUGACAUUUAGAGUUACGUUUUUCGUGUUAGUAAUGCUUCGUAUUCGGACGAAACAUAUCCACUUUGAAUGAUAUUUAGGGCCCCCUCUGCCGUUUAUUCGGAGUAAGAUGGAUGAGCCGUACAACAGGCGCUUGAGGGAACUUUGUAAAACUCGUCCGGGAAAUAGGAAUGAAGUACACUGCUGUUUUUCUGACGAUUACUUAGAAUAUCGUCAUUUAAUAAUUUACUAAGCUCGCUUUAAGUAUAUUGUUUUUAUUUAUUUAUUUUCGUUUACUCAGAAAACUAACGUAAGAAGCAAAACCAGUUAUUUUAAUUCUACUUUGAUUUAUAAGUCUAUUCUAUUAACAAAAUAGCAAAGCUUUCGUGAGGGUUUAAUUUGUUUUCUGUGACACCUUUUCAUACUUACUUUCGGGUUAUUUAGUUUCAAACAAGAAAAUUAUACGAAAAUCUGAUAAUACAUCAUCUUUAUUCCGUUCAAAGGAGAAAUUAAACAUUCUAUUUAUAUGGAGAGGGGGUCUCACGGAAUAACCUAGUACCUAUGUACCAUGUAUCCGCAGGUCUUAACAUAUCUUCCAGUCCAAUUUGUUACGCAAUGGGUGUUAUCAUGUAACUAUCUUAAUUAAUACAAAUGAUAAAUUAAAUGAGACUGCAAACA